AUGGAUCCAAAAUGUACUGUUUGUGAAAAAACUGUAUAUGCAACAGAAAAAAUAAUGGUUAAUAAUAAAGCAUAUCAUAAACCAUGUUUUCGAUGUGCACAUUGUAAAUCUGUUCUCAAACCGGGUAAUUUUACAUCAAAUGAUGGUAAAAUUUAUUGCAAAACUCAUUAUAUGCAAUUAUUCAAAAUCAAAGGAAAUUAUAAAUCAGGUUUUUCGAAUGAAAGCAAUGUAACUGGUGACACAAUCAAUAUUAAUAAUCCUCCAACCGAUCAAUAA